AUGGGCCCCUACAAACUACCGACGACUGGCAAAGCCAUAACUGACCUUACCGUUCUUCCGACAGUCAGCAAAUCCCGAAAGCCUCGCUUUGAACUACAUCUUAAGGUUUACGACCUCAACAACAUCCCACUGGCGUCCGGCACGGCCUUUGUCAAAUGGCAUCUUCCCUACAGCAUUCACAGCGAGCACCGCGGUCGGUCGUCCAAACAUAAUGUCGCAAACCACCGAGUGGAAUUCAACUAUGCGAAGAUUGUUCCACUGCGCCUGGUCAUUGACAAAAACAAUCGCCUCAGCGACUACCCCAUCGAGUUCGAGGUCACUCAAGAAUUCAGCAACAACGGCGUCGGUCGCGACGAGAAGAUUGUCCUCGGCAAGAUCACAUUGAACCUGGCUGAAUAUGUGGCUGAGAGCGAGGCUAUGCUCCGGGAUUUACGGCCUGCUUCAGGCCACAGCGAUACGGCGCGCUGGAACUUCCCCAGCGCAACGGAGAGCCACCACACGCGGCAACGCAGCUCGCUGAGCGCAAAGGGCACGAUCAGCAGCUUUAGCACAGGCCUGGGGGUAUUCGACAGCGGUGAUGGUGCUGAGUCUAUGCUGUCUACCUCGCCGUCCGGUGUGUCUGGGCCGCCCCAUUCUGCAGGAUCGUCCGCUUCGACCGGCACACCCUUGGUCGAAGAAGGCGUGACGCGACGUUAUCUCAUGCAGGAGAGCAAGAUCAAUGGCACCCUGAAAAUAAGCGUGCUCAUGGUCCAGGUGGACGGCGAUCGCAGCUUUGUAUCCCCGCCUCUAAAAUCUGCCCCCGUCUUUGGCGGUAUUGCCGGCAUCAUGGCGAGUGGUGAGGUUCUGGGUGGCGGUGUUGUGAGCCUACAUGACGACUUGGAUGAUCCUUCGGCCUCUAUAGGAGGUGGGGCCGGAUCGAGAGCGUCACGCGCGGCUGCGAAGGGUCGCGACGUCUCCGAGGUUCAAGACGUAUACCGACGUGCGCUGGCCGCAUCGUGGGCUUGCGAGCAGGGCGAGCUACCGGCAGACGAAUGCAUCGAGGACAUUUUCAACGGCGGUGAUGGUUUCCGACGCCCGGCCGGUGGCAACACGCCUGACUCUCCUCCAGUUGGACGCACGCUUCCGUCUAAUUCGUCACUGCACUCAGUGACCGAGGACCAGGAUAAAGAUAGCGAGGGAAGCGGUUUGGGAGGCAGUGGUUCGUCUGAAAGAAAGAAGGGGCACCGGUUUAUUCCAAAGUUGCCCCUGCGGCGCAAGACGGCGCCAACAAAUAUCGACUCAGCGCAGAAGACGCUGCACAAGGCGAACAGCAGUAACGCUCUGAGAGGAAAGGGUGGUGUCGGCGCUCAGUUUGAUGCCGGUGGUAAUAACAGCAGCAGCGGAGAAGAGGGUGACACCACGAGCAGUGGUAGUACUGGCAGGCCAGGCACGGGCAUGACGUAUAACCCGCACGCCGAUGACGACGGUGGCUUUGAAAUCAAUGCAACUCUGAGACCGUACGACUUGCGUCAACUCCGCAAACCGCUGGCAGUCUCGUCAGAUCCGGCAUUUGCAGCAAUACGACAGCAUGAGCGCGAGGACAGUGUUCUGUCUGACCGAACAAUAAAGGGACCCGGCAACGCUGGCAGUUUUGACGUCCCUAGGUCCGCGCGAAGCAGCCCUGGGCCGGGCUUCGUGUCCUCUAGGCUUCUACGAGACAAUGCUUUUGGGGGGCUAGCAUCUUCACCAAUGCCAGCGGGAAACAGUAGCCACUGGAGAAGUCAUGGGGAAGAAAGAGGACGUCAAUCAUCAGGCCACGGUAGAGAUGAUGGUAAUCGCGGUGGCAGUGGUGCUGACGAGGACCAGAGCUUCAAGUCGCAGGACGUCGACGAGAAUGAUGUACGUGAGAACUUCAUGGCAUGGCAAAUGUCGAGCUCGGUGGCUGCGUCUUAG